GCGGGGUCGCGGGUGAGAGGUCGGCAAGAUGGCGGCGGCGGAGGCCUGAGGGGCGCGGGGAGGCGGCGGCGAUGUGGUGGGCGUUGAGGGGAGUGCGGCGGCCGCCGCCGGCCCUCCGCAGGGGCCUGGCCAAACCGGCGGGCCCGCGGAGCAUCCGCCAGCUGAGGGAGGCCGAGGAGGCCGCCCCGAUCUUCCAGUACGCGGGGAAGGCGGCCAAGCGGAAGGACCGCGUCUUCGUGUGGGGCUUCUGCUACUCGGGCGCCCUGGGCGUCCCCAGCUUCGUGAAGCCGGACGUGGGCUGGAAGAAGCCGCGGCGGAUCCAACCCACGCCCUACCGGCUGGAAACGGAGGAGAAGAUAUCCUCUGCUGCCUGCGGUUAUGGAUUCACACUGCUGUCCUCUAAGACUGCAGACAUCACCAAAGUGUGGGGCAUGGGGCUGAACAAGGAUUCCCAGCUUGGAUUCCAGAGAAGCAUAAGAGAUCGAACUAAGGGCUAUGAAUAUGUCUUGGAACCAUCUCCAAUUCCAUUACCACUGGAGAAGCCACAGGAGACUCGAGUCUUGCAGGUGUCCUGUGGGAGAGCCCAUUCCCUGAUCCUGACAGACAGUGAAGGAGUUUUCACAAUGGGGAACAAUUCUUAUGGGCAGUGUGGCCGGAAGGUUGUUGAAGAUGAAACUUACAGUGAAAGCCAUCUAAUUCAUCAGCUGAAGGAGUUUGACAGCAGAGUUGUCCAGGUUGUGUGUGGGCAGGACCACAGUCUGUUUAGAACCAAGAAAGGUGCGGUCUAUGCAUGUGGAUGGGGAGCUGAUGGACAAACAGGUCUUGGACACUACAACAUCACCAGUGUUCCUACUAAGCUACGUGGUGACAUUGCUGGCGUAAACAUUAUCCAGGUCUCUUCCUAUGGGGACUGUUGUCUGGCUGUUUCAGAUGAAGGAGACGUCUUUGGUUGGGGAAAUUCAGAAUACUUGCAGUUGGCGUCUGUCACAGAAACCACACAGGUGAAUGUUCCCAGACAUUUGCCAUUCAAGAUUGGAAAGAUAAAGGAGGCUGCGUGUGGAGGGACUGCCAAUAUUGUGCUAACGGAAGAAGGAAAUGUUUUCGUCUGGGGAUAUGGAAUUCUUGGGAAAGGACCAAACCUAAUAGAGACAGCAGUGCCAGAGAUGAUCCCACCCAGUCUUUUUGGCUGGUCAGACUUCAAUCUGGACAUCCGUGUUGCUCACGUUCGCUGUGGACUCAGCCAGUUUGCGGCACUUACAAACAGAGGAGAACUGUUUGUAUGGGGCAAGAAUCUAAGAGGGUGCCUGGGAACUGGAAGAAUGGAAGACCAGUAUUUCCCAUGGAGGGUGACUGUACCCGGCGAGGUGGUGGAUGUUGCGUGUGGAGUUGAUCAUAUGCAUCAUACUGCAAAUGUUGACAUGCAGGUGAAAAAGGUGGACGUUCGUAGGCCCAGCUGCCUUCUGCAUGAUCGAGAGGUUGUGUGCAGGCUGUGCAGCAUCAGUGACAAUGAAUGGGAGAUAGACAGGAGCAUCUCUGAGAUGCAGCAUCUUGGAGAGUCCCCGGCUGCAGUAGAGAAGCAGGCAGUGUCUUCCAGCCACGUUCUUCAGCUCCUCCUUGCUGAGAAGCGUGUGGCAAUGGCACUGUGCAGCUGCAUUGCUUACCAAGACUCAGACACCACCCAGCAGCAACUGCCCUAGAACAGUCUGCGAGGGGAUGACAUUUCUCCCCUGCCCCUGU